AAAAUCAAAUUUCGGCUUAUAAAAUCCCUAAUGAACCCGCAUAUGAAUUAGGGUUUCGGUGGAAGAAGAGCGGCAUCUGCAGUACCUAUCCGAAGGGCACCAAUGGCUAGAAUCAAGGUUCACGAGCUGAGGAACAAGAGUAAAACGGAGCUUCUGGCUCAGUUGAAGGAUCUCAAGGCCGAGCUUGCCCUCCUCCGUGUCGCCAAAGUCACCGGCGGUGCCCCCAACAAACUUUCGAAGAUCAAGGUUGUCCGGUUGUCGAUUGCACAGGUGUUGACUGUGAUAUCUCAGAAGCAGAAGGCUGUGCUAAGAGAAGCAUACAAAAAUAAGAAGUAUUUGCCUCUUGAUCUCCGCCCUAAGAAGACCAGAGCCAUCCGCCGGCGUCUUACCAAGCACCAGGCCUCAUUGAAGACAGAGAGGGAGAAGAAGAAAGAAAUGUACUUCCCAUUGAGGAAGUAUGCUAUUAAAGUGUAGGAUAAUACCUACUGUUAAGUCAUUUUGAGCUUCAAAUCAAAUAUGUUGGUUAGAACUAUGAAUUUACAAAUUUUGUUUUCUAUAGUCUGCUUUUGUCUGUGGCUUGAUGGAAUAUUUUUCUAGUUUUGACUAUUUAUAUUUCAGCCUUUGUUGAUUUAAAA